AUGGCUUCAAUUCACCUGACGCACAUGCGCUCUGCGCUUUCCAUGGCCCAACACGCACUCAACACAAACGAAACUCCCGUGGGCUGCAUCCUCGUGCACCCAGUCCACGGCAUCGUUUCCACGGGCCAGAACGCCACAAAUGAGACGUAUAACGGUACCAUGCACGCAGAAUUCAUCGCCAUAAAUUCACUCCUCUCUUCCUCUCCCUGCACUCUCCCCAAGGCCCAAGACGGAGCCGAGAUCCCGCUCGGAACCUCCCUCCAAGGCCUCGAUCUCCCCGAACGCCUUAAGGUCUUGAAGCAAUGCAGUUUGUAUGUAACGGUGGAACCGUGUAUUAUGUGUGCAUCUCUCCUGCGGCAGUUUGGGAUCGCGGACGUUUAUUUCGGCGCGGGUAAUGAGAAGUUUGGUGGCACGGGAGGGGUGCUUGAUAUUCAAUCUUCGAAUGGCUUGUUUACGGAAAGUGAUCGGGAGAUAAAGAGGACUGGGAAGAGGGAGGUGGUGGGGGGGGAUUAUGGGGUUAGUGGGGGUUGGUUGAGGGAGGAGGCUAUUCUGAUGUUGAGGCGGUUUUAUGUGCAGGAGAAUGGGCGUGCGCCGGAACCGAGAGCAAAGAAAGAGAGGGUGUUGAAGCUUGAGGUUAAGCCGUUGGGCGGAAAAGAUAAGAUGUCUGCGUCGACGGAGAAGCUGGUUGUUGAGGAAGUGCUGAGUGAGAGGCCUAAUGGGGUUGAGACGACGAUUAUGUCGAGGGAGAAACUUAGGGCUGGGAGGAAGCAAUCUGGAGGGAAACAGGGAGUUGAUAAAGGGUUGCAGGUGAAGAAGGCUCGGCAACUGAAAGAUGUAACCGACAGUGGCAUUAAUGGACGACUGGAGAGACAGCAGGACGAGAGUCUUAAGGAUGUGGAUUAG